AUGGUGAUCUUUAUUGAUGACAUUCUUAUUUAUUAUCGUACUCCUCAAGAGCACGGAGAACACUUAAGGAUUGUUCUAUCAGUACUGCAAGAGAAACAACUUUUUGCCAAGUUAAGUAAGUGUGAAUUUUGGAUUAACGAAGUGAGGUUUCUUGGUCAUGUAAUAUCACAAGAAGGAGUAUCGGUGGAUCCAUCUAAAGUUGAAGCAAUUAUUAAUUGGGAAAGACCGAAGAAUUCUUCCGAAGUCAGAAGUUUCUUAGGUUUGGUAGGUUACUAUAGAAGGUUUAUAAAGGGAUUUUCGCAGGUAGCGUUACCAAUGACUAGACUUACCCGAAAGGAAAUUUCUUUCAAAUGGGAUUCGAAAUGUGAGAAGAGUUUUAUGAGUUUGAAGGAGAAGCUAACGACUGCUCCUGUUUUAGUCAUCCCUGAUCCUAGUAAGUCCUAUGAAGUAUUUUGUGAUGCCUCUAAGAAAGGAUUAGGAGGGGUGUUAAUGCAGAAUGGGCAAGUUGUAGCCUAUGCCUCUCGUCAGUUGAAGCCUCAUGAAGAGAACUACCCGACUCAUGAUCUUGAACUGGCUGCUGUUGUCUUUGCAUUGAAAGUUUGGAGACAUUACUUGUAUGGGGUGCAUUUUGAGAAGUUUAGUGAUCACAAGAGUUUGAAAUACUUAUUUGACCAGAAGGAGUUAAACAUGAGACAGAGGAGAUAG